CAUGCUAUCUAUUGCGUAAUCAGCUGGGAAACACGCAGCUGAAUCUGAAUCUUCGGAUUUUACCUUACCUGUUGCAUUUAAUAGUUUAGAUACAAAUAAUAUAUAUAUUAUGUCAUUCCUGCGAAAGUCAGUGCAUCUGAUGGGUGCUGUGGCCAGACAACAAAAGCACCUGAAAGUGAUCGCAGGAACGAUAUCCACAACUGCGCGGGACUACAGCUCCGAGCCUGCGAAUGAGUUCGGCAAUUUUCCCGGAGCAAAGGCUCCAUUUGUCAGCAAAUUGAAUCUAAUUCAACCGGAGGACUAUGCGCCGAUUCCCAUUUACCGGGUAAUGGAUCGGGAUGGCUACAUAGCGGACGAGACCCAAGAUCCCCAGCUGAGCCGUGAGGUGGUGGAGAAAAUGUUCCGCGACAUGUUGCUGCUCAACACCAUGGACAAGAUCCUCUACGAGUCCCAGCGUCAGGGCAGGAUCUCCUUCUACAUGACCAAUUUCGGCGAGGAGGCUUCCCACAUUGGCAGUGCCGCCGCCCUGGAAAUGCGGGAUCUCAUAUACGGUCAAUAUCGCGAGGCGGGUGUACUGGUAUGGCGUGGCUUCCGCAUCGACCAGUUCAUCGAUCAGUGCUAUGGCAACACGGACGACUUGGGUCGCGGCAAACAGAUGCCCGUGCACUACGGCUCCAGGGAGCUCAACUUUGUCACCAUCUCCAGUCCGCUGUCCACCCAAAUGCCACAGGCCGUGGGUGCUGCCUAUGCCAUGAAACUGAAGCCGGGCAACGAUGCCUGUGUGGUGUGCUACUUCGGGGAGGGAGCUGCAUCCGAAGGAGAUGCCCAUGCCGCCUUCAAUUUCGCAGCCACGCUCGAGUGCCCAGUAAUCCUCUUCUGUCGCAACAACGGAUUUGCCAUUUCUACUCCCUCGAAUGAACAGUACAGAGGCGAUGGCAUCGCAGGACGUGGACCAAUGGGAUAUGGAAUUGCAACGAUUCGAGUGGAUGGCACCGAUGUCUUUGCAGUGUACAAUGCGAUGAAGGCUGCCAGGGAGUAUGUGCUCAAGGAGAACAAACCGUUGGUGUUCGAAGCAUUGGCCUAUCGAGUGGGUCACCACUCCACGUCCGACGACAGUACAGCGUACAGGUCCGCAGAGGAGAUCGAGGUGUGGAACUCGGUGGAGCACCCCAUCUCAAAACUAAAGCGAUACAUGGUGCACAAAGGCUGGUUCGACGAGACCGAGGAAACCGAAUUCAUCAAGGACGUCAGGAAAAAGGUCCUUAAGCAGAUUGCCGCCUCCGAGAAGAAACUGAAGCCCAACUGGCGCGAGAUGUUCGAAGGUGUGUACGCCGAAAUGCCAGAUCAUCUGGUGGAGCAGCAGAAGGAGCUGGAGCGGCACAUUGAGGCGCACAAGGACAGCUAUCCCCUAAAGAACUUCGAGAAGUAGAUUCCGCGUGCAAGAAAGAAGCUAACAACUCAGAGAGACUCGAUCGAAAGUGCAUUUAUUAUGAUUAAGCAAUAGGCAAACAUUUUUGUGUGGGUCCAACCCGUUUGUUAUGACUCAUCCGUGCAAGUUGGGUGGGUCGAUUUUGUGAAAUUAGUGACCUUUACGGGUUUUCUUAGCAAGAUCAACUUGGUUUUAUUCCGAUUUGUCCUUAAUUAACAUAUCUGUCUUCACGUGUAUAUUUAAAUUGACCCACUCUGGCGCAGGUGUUAUGAAAAGGUGUUAAAAUUUAUUAGAUUUGAUUUACAUACAAUAUACAUAUACUGAAACAAUA